UUUGGGGGGUCUAACUGCCAAUUUGAUUUAAUUAAAUUGGUUUUAAUUAUUUUGUAUAUCUGUCAAUAACACAGGCAUGCUCUGACAUAGCUGUUAAAAUGGAAAAAGCAAAGUAGAGCUUCAUAAAUUUAAAAUCAAAGUGAGGUGGAUAACAGUUUGACAGUGAGGGAAGCCCAGUGUUUGCUACACGCAUGCAGUGUUUUAAAGAUCAGAUGGAAAGCUGCGACUUUUGAAGGGGAGAUCCACGCAGCAGCAGCAGAAACCAAGAUUUUCACAUCUGAUAAAAAAAGAUUAAGAUUUAAUUCUGCGUAACGUCUGGCCUGCUCUCAUCUCCAUUCACCACCUCUUAUCAUUUCACGGUGUUUGGUGAUGGUGUUUGCAGAGUGGGCUGCACAUUCUUAGGUAAAAGCAUAAAACUACAGAUAAAAAGCUGGCACAUGACCCGCAUUUCACAAUGGAAAGUUUAUUCAAGAUUUAUUGCUUCUGCACCAGACAGUGUGCAGAACUGAGAAGUAGCUUUUGCAUCACAUGAAGAAUGGAGCAGAUUUGCAGUAAGAAGAUAUAAACUACAGACAAAGCUUUUUGUAACUUCAGGUCAUAACUUCCUGUUUUUGUUCCAAACUUAAAAGGGAAAAAAAUGAUAGAUUUUAAAAUGUGUCAGUCAAAGUGUUUUAUUUAAAAAAAUUAAAAGUACAGUGUUUAUUCUUGGAAGAAGCCGUUCAAGCAAGCUACAUUUUGAAAAAAUAAAUAUAUAUACAGUAUAUAUUUAGACUUGUACUCUUCAUUUAAGUCGAGAGCAGAUAGAGGUACUUAAAGUGAUGAUGUGUAUUUUCCCUGACGACAAGGGCAGUAUAUGUCUAAAUCAUUGCAAGCAAGUGGUAUUUUUGUGUUCGAGUAAGACCUUACCAACAGAUGGCCACUAGGGUCAAAAAUUCUUUGGAGCGUAACCUCCAGCAAAAUGAAAAGCACAUCAGACUCCCUUUCAUCACUGACAACGAGUGUAGAUGUAAAUGUGUAAAACAAUGUUUAUGAAUGGUGAACGUUUUGUAACUGUUUGUUAUAAAUCAGUAAAUGCAUUUUGUCCUCACGGGACAUAGAAGAAAACAUGGCAUCCAAUAUGGUAUCGUCUACGUAAUUUAGACCCAAUUUUUAUGGUUAUAUGUUACAAAGCCGCCAAUAUUUUUAAACGACUGGACAUCAUUUAGUUCAUUUUCAACAUUUCAAUGAAUCUUUCCAGAGAUUAACGGCAUUGUCACUUUACGUCCUUAAUGUAGAAAAAUGUUGUAUUUGGUCUUCUUUGACAGUGUAUCGCAGACUGCCCUGUUGGCUGACAUCCGUAGUGCUGAGUAUCACAUUUUUCGUUGUCCAAUAGCAUGCGGAGAGUGUUUGACAGACAACCGUAGAUUCCACUCCACACCUGAGCUCUCUCUAUGGGUCGUGGCCAGACCAUUGGCCUGGCCUUUCGAGGCGAUGUCUUGCUAGGCCAGGCGCCUUGCUUACGAGGACACUGUCCUUCCAUGGUCAAAGAAAAUGGUUAAAUAGAACAGACUUGCAACACGUGACUGCGGCUUCCACGGCGGUCACGUAACGUCACGUGAAACGGGAGAUAACGUUAUAUUUUAUACGUAUAAGUUUCAGUAUAAAUAUAUAACGAGCCUUUUACUUUUUAUAUUGUGUAUAUGUUUAUGCAAUAAAAUAUAUAAGUGAGUUACUAUCUGCUAGCCACCGAAGCUGCAACUACUAAGCAUCUAACCAACCAUAGAUAACUUCUUAAGAUGUAAAAAAAAAAACAUUUUAAAUUAGUUGACUUAUUUUUAAACCAAGCCCCCACAAUACGGCUCAAAAAUUGAAGCAACCCCGGAAGUACCAAAAAAUUGCAGUUCCACCCUCAUCCGCUGGGGGGCUGGUGUCAGAAGCGAGCAAAUUCUAUGGGAUUAGAUUUGUGCCAAUAGGAUCAAGAAAAACACUUUGGAGAGCAAACAAAUUUUAAGACAUUGCCACGACAAUCUGGGGAAUCUCCACCACCACUAUAACUUCCAGAACAUAAACUGAACUCUCCUUUCUGCCUGCUCACUUCUCGCACGAACAAGAGUUCAGACUUAUCUGCGUUUCCAGACAAUAACUCUGUCACCUAAACGUCUCCCGUGUAAAACAACUUUUUAAAUGAGAUUUGUAAAUAUAACGGGGCAUUCUGUUUGUGGCAGCUCAGCUAGCUUCCUGUUGUUUUGCAAAGAACGUGCAUUUUGUGAACAGAGGGUGCGAUGUGCAGCGGGGUGACAUAUGUUUGAAGAAGCAGUUUGAUGGAUGGAUUAUUAGCCAAUCAUUUAGAAAGGGGACCAGCACUGGAUUGGAUGAGGUUUUUCCAGGAUUUUACAUUUUUACCAUCGAUAUGUGAAGAGCGUUACAAGCAAUAUGGCACCUUUAAGAGGAUAAUCAUUAAUCCACUUGCAUGUUUGGACAUAGAUAGCACCCACACAGUUUGGUAAUUCAUGUUAUUUCAUCCCUUUUGUAUAGAACCACUUUAAUUAUGGUUUUGCUCACCUGACAAGUCCUCGAAAGUGCUUUUGGAGUGAGUCAGUUCUGUAGAAGUAAGGUGUGGUUGUUUACAGUUGGAAUAUUUUCUUAAAGUGAAACCCAAAUGCAGGAAAACUACCUGAUUAAAUCAAAGAUACCCUGAAAGAAGGAUCGUGAUUAGAGGUCCCUUUUGUUUGUUUAACCUGACAAUUACAUCAUUGCUAGCGUGAGCAGAAUACAGAAGACACAAACCUGAUCAAUCAGCAGAUUCACUCCAGUCUUUGUCUGAGCCUACAGUGUGUGUGUGUGUGUGUGUGUGUGUGUGUGUGUGUGUGAGCUACUCCGCUGGCCCCACCCUCAGGCUCAUGUCUUCAGAGGGAGUCGUGCCAACCUGCUGCAGCUCCCAGCAAAAAGGCCGUUUGGCUGAGUUGGUUCAGGCAGUGGAGGCAGAGUUCUGAUGUCACGGAUCUGGGCGUGGCAUUAAGGUGGACUGUUUUAAAGCUAUGCUGAUAGAGUUGAGUCUGUUUGGCUACUCAUGGAAGAUCACAGCAGAGUGGAAUUUAUGUGAGCAAGAACAGCCCUGGGUAGAAAGGCUGUCCACUAAAAACAAAGCUCCGUCCCCGCCAGGCUUGAAGAAGCUGGAUUCUUCAGGUUUCACCCAGUGGCACCCAGGAAACCCUCAUUUAACCAUGGACCAGAAGGAGAACCUGAUCGAUAAAGAGCUCUCUUUGUCCGUGGUUCUGCCCGGAGGAGUGGAAAAAAGGACAUUGGUUCAUGGAAGCACACCCCUGAUGGAUCUAUUAGUGACACUUUGUGCACAGUAUCACCUGAACCCAUCGGGCCACACUUUAGAACUGGUCACAUCCAACAGGAACAACAUCAAGCUCAAACCCAACGCUCUUCUAGGAACUCUGGAUGCAGAAAAAAUCAUUUUAAAACCUAAAGGGGAGGACUCGAAUAAGAAAACGGGACCGCAGAUGCCUGAGGCUACUGUUCGGAUGGUGAUAAACUACAAAAAGACCCAGAAAACGAUUUUACGAGUUAAUCCUCGAGUUCCACUCCGUGAGCAUUUACCAGCAAUUUGUGAGAAAUGUGAAUUUGAUGUGGAGACUACAGUCCUGUUGAGAGAUGUCACAUCACUGGCUCCGCUAGACUUGUCCAACUGCCUAAAUGAUUAUGAAAUACGGGAGGUUUAUGCGAAAGACACUAAACGACAAGCCGACUCUCCUGUGUUUCGAAACUCUUCAGCGUGUUCUGGAGAAGUGACACCAGGCAAAGAUAAACAUCAGAAGGAGAAGGAAAAUAAAGGCAUGUUCAGCAUGUUUAGAAGAAGCAAGAAAAAGUCGGUCAGUCAGCCAACAACAGCCAGCGCUCCAGCUUCCCCCGUGCUUGUCAGCAAGCCUCGACCACUCAGCAUGGCCUUACCCAGCUCCAACUCAUCCCCGCUCGGCUCUCCCACCAUCCUUGACAUGCCAAAGAAGAGACGCGCCCCCCAGCCCCCAAUCCUGGCGUCUCAGAGCUGUCACUCAGACGUCGCCAUCCGUCGGAGACUCAACUCUGAGCCGAUCCCCCAGUUUGACAGCGAUCAGGUGGCUGGUGUGAACCGAUGGUCUACUGGAGAGUCUUCGCUGAGGAGAACCAAACGUAAAGCUCCUCCACCUCCAACUUCUCUAAGUUCUGUCCUCAAAGAGACCAUUAGUAACGACGGACUCUCAGGAGUGACUGCGAAUGCUAACACGCUGCAGGAGAUCACGGAGCAGGAGGAGACGGGCGGGUCUGUAAUAUCUGCAGCUGCUUGCAGCAACCGAGAAGAAUUCAGCAGCCUCAGCAUGUCGUCUGAAGUCUCGCUUCUUUCACCUUCGCCUGAUAUUGAGUCCAGGAGCACCGUGCAGGAAAAUGGGGAAGAUCAGUGUCCUGACCUGUCCUCACAUGACAAUCUGCUGGAGAGCAUUGUGAAUGAUUCUGCAGCUCCGAGUGGACAGAAAAGUGACGGUGCAGACUCACUUGUAGUUAGAGAUGGCGGACCCACUGAAGAUCUUAGCUCACAGUCCAUUAAUGAAGAGUUUGCAGCUGAUCAAGCUGAAGGGGACAGCAAGGCUCCUCCUGUGCCUCAGAUGAAGGAUGCUGAAGUGCAGGCCUCCAGUGAAAAUAACACCGAAACCCUCCAGGAGCAGAGCGACGGAGCAACCGCUGGAGAAGACGUUCAAGUGCAAACGGAUUUCACAAGAAUUCCUGCGCCUCCUCCGCAGGAACAAGAGGAGAAAGUUCCUUCAUCAGCAACGUCUCAAUGCGUACAAACUGUGGAGAAAGGAGAUACAGCCACUCUGACAGAGGAGAUGCAACCACCUGACCUCAAACACGCCCCGCUCCACCCUGCAAGCUGCACACCGGGUGUGCCUGCUGCAACGAAAGCGCCAUCUCUGUACGCCACAAACGCCGAGCCGAAACCGAAGCCUUCCAACGAGCUGACGAGAGACUACAUCCCCAAAGUGGGGAUGACGACGUACACCAUAGUGCCUCAGAAAUCUCUGGAGAAGCUGAGAUACUUUGAAGUUGCACUGACACUGGAGGCUCCUGCUCAAGCUCCCGUAGAGGGACGUAACGUUGGGUCUCUGAGUUUAGAUGAGAACACGACACAGAAGGGACAGAAUGAAGUCUCACAAGACACAAGUGAGCUACAAUCAGUUUUACCCAGGGAAGACUUGCUGACUAGGACAGUAACCGCCACUACUACUACUCAUACUACUAGUACUACUACUCAACACACUGUAAAUGGACCUGAACCUACAUACCCCUCCUCACUGACUUUACGCAGCCCAGAUGAGAACUUGUCCUCCACUAAUCUUGCGUCUCCACCAGCCUCGCCAGCAGAGGUCAAGGAAAUGAAAAUUCCACCUGCAACUAAACCCAAGCCUGCUUCUUUCCGCUUGGCACAGCACAAAAAAACACCUGGAUAUUAUGUAACCUCAGCUGCCGAGAAGCGCCUCAGCCUCAAGGAGACUCCAGAGCGAGCAAUGCUGCCGCCCCCUCCUCCCCCACCACCGUCACCUCCUCUUCCUCCUCCUCCUGCACCUCCUGCAGUGUGGGAAGGAGAGACGGCAGAGGCCACUAAUGUUCCGCUGAGCCCCCAGCGGGAUGAUAAGAACGUAUCCUUCGCACGAAUGACGAGGCAGAGCAGUCUGCCAGCUAGGGAGCCAAACGUUGGGCUGAGUCUGGAAAAAUUGAGGAGUUUUGCAGCUCCACGGCCGUUUACUCCAUCAACUCCUUCCCGCUUCGCCCAGGCGGUGUCCUCAGCGGUGAAAAGGAGCCAGUCUCUAUCCCACAGGCCAAAGUCACCUCCCAACUCUGCUUUUCCACCCGUUUCUCCAGUUACAAAACACCCAGCAGUCCUAAAGUCACAAGGAUUAUCAGAACAAGAGAAUGAAGACGGUGUUCAGGCCGGUCCAUAACAAUGUUGGAACUCAUACCACUCAUGGAGGAAAUCAUCUUCUUUUAUGUUUUUUUUUAAAUCCCACAACACAAAAGAAGACCUGGUCAUUUGUAAAACCUCUUUUUAGUCAUCACCAGCCUGCAUAAAAGAUACAAAUUUAAUAUGCAAAUAUUCUCUUUACGCAUUUUAGAUUUAUUUUAUUUUGUGUAAUGUCCGUUGUGCAUUUAAUGCAAAAUGUUGUGAGCGUUAAAUAAGAACAAAUCUAUAAAUUAUUUGAAUGAUUUCUGGAUAAUGGGUUUAUUAAAAAUAUGUAUUAAAAUAAUACUGGAUGCAUUGGACGGAUCAGCUCUGGCCAAUGGUGAAUAUUCUUUAGAUGAUAUUUUGAUUUAUAUUUAAGAAUUAGAAAUGUCACUGAUGUGUACACUUGUUGUCCGUGAGUGUUCUGAUUAAAACUUUUAUCAAGA